UCAAAUGAAAACUCUAAAAUCAAUAAAUCUUCGCUAUGAAUUUGUGAGCUUAACAUCGUCUUCCUCCGCCUUCCUAACAAGAAUUGAAUGAGAUUUGGUACCAGAACGCAACCCUGCAACACUACAAUCGCUUAAAUUCCAUAGAAGUAAAUGCUCAGACUCAAUGUUUACUGCUCUUUAAUACCAAGUGCGAGGCAAGUCAGACCAGGAAGCAGCUAUGGCUCGUUGAUCAUCCAUAAUCACAGAGCUUCCAAGCUGUCUCAGCUGAUAUCCAUAAAGGCCAUUAAAGAUGAGAUGGAUGGAGAAACAAGCAGAUCUCCAGGACGCAGUUGGGAUCCUGGGCUAGAAAUUGAGGUCCCUUUCGAGCAGAGACCGGUAAACGAGUAUUCAUCUCUGAAGAGUAGUGUGCUGUAUUCAUGGGGCGAACUGGGACCAGGGUCCUUCUUCCUUCGCCUAGGAGGGCUCUGGCUAGUGGUGUUCACAGUCCUUGGAGCGCCAAUCGCUGCUGCGAGCUUUAAUCCUUCUAAAGACCCUGUAAGAUUCAUACUAGCUUCUGGAACAGGAACACUCUUCAUUGUAUCAUUGAUUGUCUUAAGGAUUUAUCUGGGAUGGAGUUAUGUUGGUGACCGACUUCUCUCAGCAGUCAUUCCUUAUGAAGAAAGUGGAUGGUAUGAUGGGCAAAUGUGGGUGAAGCCGCCUGAGAUCCUGGCUCGUGAUAGACUAUUGGGCUCUUACAAGGUUAAACCAGUUAUUAAACUGCUGAAGCAAACGUUAGUGGGGAUAGGAGCAUUACUUGUUACUGGAGCCACGUUGUUUAUCUUUGCUACACCAGUGGAAAACUUAAUACAAACCUCCUUUGCCACAAAGGAAGAUGCAUCAAAUUUUCGAGAUCCAAAAGUCAGUACAAAGUUCAACUUAAGAAAAGACGAGUUACUGAAACUGCCAGUAGAGGUGAUAGCUGAUGAUGAUCUAGCAGCUGCUGCUGCUGAGGCUGCUGAUGGAAGACCCGUCUACUGCAGGGACAGAUUUUAUCGAGCAUUGGCAGGUGGCCAGUACUGCAAAUGGGAGGAUCUACUCAAGUGAAGCCAAAAAUAACAUGCACAUCAACCAAUUUCAAUUUGUUAAAGCAGCUUAUGAUUUCUCACUCCGUUAGUUAAAAAGAACCAUUUAAAGGCGUUUGAUAGAUUAUAAAUGCAACCAUAUGUUGAAAUAGAAUGCCCAGUUUUGCAA